CCCUCACGUUGCACAAGAAGUAAGACUGCCGCAGUGAUUGGACUGAUCUAUUCUGCUGGUGGCUUUAAGGUAGCUGUAGUACUUACUAAUAUUCCUUCAAUAUCUGACAGUGCCGUAAAUACUCUUUGAUAAUUUUGAUACUGAGAUAGAGAAAAACAUUGUUUCCAGAAUGUUUAAUGUAACUUACGUUUAAGCUGAAAUACUCGUACUGCAGCUCUUCACAAAACAUUUAAUAGAAUAGUUUAUGUAAUUACAAGCUAUAUAAAUAUUUUUAAGAGUUGUUUGAAAAUGGCUAAAAGCCUGUACAGAGCAUGACGAGGGUUGAAAGGUCAUGAGUCCUCAACCUUCCGUACCCUUUGACCUUCAGAAGUACAUAGGCAGUAGCCUUAUCUCACAGCAUCCUCGUAACAGUAAGAAAGGAAGACAGACGGAAACAACAGAGUUUGGAAACAACUGUAGGACACGAAGAAUCUCUGGUGGCAUCAGCGUACCAGUUUGUACUUGCUGUGGAGGAGUACAGAUCCAAAAGCCUAACUUUUCAAGGUUUCAGAAUUAUGCUUGGACAGGUAUGCCACUCAUCAGCGUGGCCAAAGGACACACAAGGAAACAACAACAACAGAGCAGCAAGAUCAAAUUCCAAAGAUGGCCUUCUAACUUCACAGACACUGAGUAUAAUCAAAAACAAACACUGACUGGAAGUUCAGCUGUUAAAUGUAAUAGUAUAGACAAAGAGACGACCGAAGAAGAAUUGUCCUCCAUGUCAAAACUAGCACUUCAUGCCCAAGGGUCUCCCUUGAUUUUAUCUAAUGAACACAAGGAAAAAGGUGAAAAUAAAGGCAACUCGAACACGGGAUCAAAUACAAUGAAAGGUAAACAUUUCUACAUAGGAAACGAACUCUACCUCCAUCCACAGUAUCACUGGGCCACAAAUGAUGCUAGGUUGGCUGGAAUUAGUGGAACGUGCUCUGAAAAUAUUCAGUUUGAUUUAAGAUCAACACCUGUUGCAGUUGAUGAAACAGGUUCUGUCAGUGGGGAAUCUGAUGUAAAAUCUGAAACUGACUUAAACGACCCAACUCCACCUCAGCAGAGCGACAGCCUGAGUAUUACUUCAGAUUCUUCUGGUUCGUCUGAGAAUAGUCUUCCAAGAAUCAUCAAACCUCGAAAACGCAGGAAGCGAGAUAGAAAAAUGAACGAGUUUAAAGAUCAAAAUGUUUCGGUAAUUCUAACACUGAAGCCCUACCAACCGCUUUGUUUUCCUUAUACGGAGGGAGUGAACAAAACUGGGAAGAAUUUUAUCCACAGAAAUACCUUUCCUGGUCUUUGUUAUUCAUCAGAAUCAGAACACGAGCUGGAAAGUGUCUUUGGGUCAUUAACGAUGACUCAGUCCUCUCUUUAUCCAUAUUCUUCAUCCCCACUUUGUUCAUGUAAACGUUGUAUUACCCUAUCUCCUUUCCUAACCCCACCUCUCUCUCCACUUGGGAGUCCUGAAGAACUUACUGAAAAAUCUUCUCAAGAGCCGAUAUGUGAAGUUUCCACUCGUAUUGUUACCUCACCAUGUGGAAGUAGGGAUUUAGAGAUAAAAUUUUUGACCAUCUCUAAUACAAACAACCGGAAAAAUGGAUCAGAACACCGAUUAGAAAACCCAUCUACAUCCAACUUGACGUCAGACACAUCGCACUUCCAUUCACUAGAACUUGAUGCUCCGCUACCACCUCGAUCAUGGAUGACAUCACGUACAGCUUCCAGCAGAGAGGAUAUACCAAAAUGUACUUUCACUGUCAUGUCCUACAAUAUUUUGUGUCCGAAAUACGCUAAUCAACAGAUAUACACCUACUGCCCGUCCUGGGCACUAGACUGGGAAUACAGGCGUAAAGCUAUCAUGGACGAUAUUCGACAUUACUUUGCCGAUAUCAUCACUUUACAGGAAGUGGAAACUGAACAAUUCUACGAGUUCUUCUUGCCAGAGCUAAGAAGAGAUGGAUAUGAGGGAAUUUUCUCCCCCAAAUCAAGAGCAAAAAUUGUCUCUCAUAAUGAAAGAAGACACGUGGAUGGAUGUGCUAUUUUCUUCCGUAUUAAUAAAUUCACGUUCAUAAAAGAAAACUUAGUGGAAUUCAACCAAGUCGCCUUGGCAACUGCAGAAGGUUCAGAUGACAUGCUGAACAGGGUUCAAACAAGAGAUAACAUUGGAUUGGUUGCUUUACUCCAGCCAAGAGUAGGGCCAAUGUCGAAUGAUAAUUCUACGUCCUCACACUUUCACCAGCCACUUUUGGUUUGUACUACUCACAUGCAUUGGGAUCCAGCGUAUUCUGAUGUCAAACUCAUCCAGACCAUGAUGCUAAUGCAUGAACUCAGACAAAUUGCACAAGAUACUGCACAAAAUAACUAUGGAAGUGGACAUGGGUCGGGUGCCAGCACAAUUCCUUUGUUGCUCUGUGGAGAUUUUAAUUCUAUUCCGUCUUCUGGAGUGGUAGAGUUCCUAACCACAGGAAAGGUUUCGGCCGACCACAGUGACUUCAAGGGUUUUGGGUACAAGGACUGUCUGCAGAAGUUGGGUUCUUCAAAAACACUUAAUGAAUAUUCUCAUCCUUUCCAAAUCUCUCGAGCCUACAAGGAUGGUGAUAUACCCUACACAAAUUUAACAAAUGACUUUAAAGGAGUCAUCGACUACAUUUUUUAUCCUGAUAAACACAUGCGUGUUGUCGGAUUACUCGGACCACUCGAUGAACAUUGGCUGAAGAAGAACAACGUAGCUGGCUGUCCUCAUCCUCUCAUACCAUCCGAUCAUUUGCCGCUACUUGUGGAACUCGAAAUGAUCUGCAUGCCUCAGAAGUUUAACUCAGAUCCAUGGUUUAGAAAUGAAGAACAAAGACAGGCUCGCCACCAGCCUAAAUCGAAAUAAAACGUCCUUAUAAUAGAUUUUUCAGUCUUCCCUGCUUCGUAAAUUUCAUUAUAGAUGUCAUAGUAAGCCACGUCCUGAUAUUAUAAAUUGCUAGACAUAAAAUAUUAAAAUACUAUAUUAUCUAAAAACAUAUUUUUUUCUGAUACAAUUACUAUGUCUUGAAUUAUAUACGUACUUACAGAAACUUGCAACAGCUGUGAUUCAAAGUUUUAUAUUCUAACAGAUUAAUUUCACUUAAUUAAGUGCUUGAAAUUAUCUAUCUAUAUGUAUAUAUAUACACACAAUAAGAGGAAUCCAAAAUUUAUUUAUUUCAAUUAAUCGAAUUGUAGCACAAAUUAUUGUCUGACACAAAAUUAUAUUGAUAUAAUUUCGUAUAUUUUUCAGUAAAAUUUUGAUAGGAUUAGUCCUCCAGGGUGUCAACGAUUUAAGAACUUACAACGCUAAGCUACGGGGUUCGAUUCUCCUGGUUGAAAUAGCGCAGAUAGCCUAUUGUGUAGCUUUGCGCUAAAACAAACUAUAAAGAUGAACUCAACUCACAAAAAACGCCCUCAGUGUCUGAGCGAUAUAUUUGAAAGUUUAUAACGCUAAAAGCUGAGUUUCGAUACCAGCGGGGAGAAGAUCACAGACAGUCUAAUGUGUAGUUUUGCGCUUUACAAAAAACAAACACACUACUCAUAGCAAAUCAUAUGGCAUGGCGUCCAAAACUUCAGACUUGUUUCCAGUGUUAAUGCUGUUGUUUAUGUUACGGUCAUAAUUCAACUUCCUCAGUAUUCAUAAUUGUUAUCUUCAAUCAGAAUAGGAGUUAAACAUAUUAAAGCAUACGAGUGAAGCUCAUAUAUCAUAAUUUUCAAUAGGAUACUUCAAAUUUAUUGAACACUACUGAUUUGUGACAAACAUGGGAUUGAAACGAAACGUUGAUCCUAUUGGGGAUGACGUAAAAUUGGUUUUUACGCAUAUUAUAAAUUGCAUACAAAUAUAUUUUAUUUUUGCUUAUUUGGUUUAGCACUGGUAUUAGGUUUUGGGUGGGAAAUAGGUCUUGGGUAAGUUGGAAAUAAUUGUCUUUAUAAUUUUGUGUGGUUCAAGGAUGUGUAGUGUUGGGUGUUAGUGGAAAAUAUUAUUAUAUUUAUUGAGUAAUUAUUAGUUGCUGCUUAUUUAGAACAUUGGAAUUUGCUUAUCGCUAGUUCUAUGCUACAUACAAAAAACAUACAUACAUAAAUAUAAUUUAAGGAAAACAAGGGACCUGUUGGUCCAUCUAGGCCAUUCAUUCCACUAAACUAAACUUUAAAAUAAAAAUAAAACACUCAAAGCCAGCCCUCAUUAUUCAAAUAUUCAUCAAGUCUUCUCUUAAACUCCCUUAAAUCACCUGUAUCCUCGCCAUCUGAAUGCAACCCAUUCUAAAGAACAACCGCCCUUUUAGAAAAAUAAAACUGUUUUAGUUGAAGAUGAUCCCUAACUUGUCAAAAUUUAUACUUGUGUCCCCUAAUCUUACCAUUGUCACCAUUAAGUACGUAAAAAGAUGAUGCAUCAACACUACAAAUUCCCUUAGCAAUCUUAAACACCCCAGCUAGAUCCUUUCUAACUCUUCUUUUUUCAAGAGAAAACCAUUUCAGAGAUCUUAACCUGUGCUCAUAUGACAACCUUUUGGUUUUCUUUAGUUGUAACAAUGGGUAAACUUCUUUCUCAAUCAAAAAGGAGGUGAAGUCCAUAUAAUAUACAACUGUGAAAUUACAUUAUUAUCAAAAUAGCUAGUAAUGCUUUUGUUUUUACGCAUUCACAUCAAGCAAAGGAAUUAUUUUCGUUACCCACAUCAAUGCAAUUCUCCAGCUUUAACAUUAAAUACAAUAUAUUUGUAAAUGAAUUUAAUACACAGCUCAAAUAUAUACACAUAGUUGGAUUACCCACUGAACUCAUUCGGUUCAGGAAAUAAAAACAUCGAAAUAUAUUCUUUGUUUACAUUCUUGCAUGAGUGUCUUUAUUUUAUGUCUUCACCAAAAAAAAAAAAUAGUUUUAAUAAAUUUUUAUUUAAUUUUGCAGCAAUCAA